GAGUCAGCCAGACCAAGAUUGAGCUUAAGGAUUGUGCUGCGGAUGCGGCCUGUGCAGUUCCGGGAGAAAGUCACUGUCUUGGGCAUUGCGGUCUGGUAUCAGGUCUGGAUGAUCCUUGCCUUACUCCGGGUUUGUAUACACCUCAAUCCGACUCCCUGUCCGGUACCGAGGCCGCAGUGGUGCAGCGCUUGUGGACGAUCCAUCAACAUCCUGAAAGGUCAACACUUCACCAAGCUGGGAAAAUUGAUCCUGAUAGUCAUUCCCAGACAAACAGGGUUCCUCAGAAACGGUGUCCAGCUUUGGCAUGGUCGACUGAUUGUACCUUUCACGGAAUAUCUGAUUUAUUCUCCCUUCCACCAUCGGUAA